GCCCAGCAGUAACACCGACUCCAGGGCCCGUGUCGCUCUGAGGCCCCUUCCAGCGCUUUGAAACUCUGCCGGGGCUCUAAGCCCGACACGUGACCAUCGAGCGAGCGAUGUUCGCGACGUCGUCCCUCUACCUGACGGCCGUGCUCUGCCUCGACACGGCAGCCAGAGCGUCUCCUCUCGCCGGGCUCAGCUCCUGGCACGGGCACCGCCUUCCUCGUCCUCGUCUUGCUUCCCUUCAUGUCCCUCCUCCUCCUCCUGAAAUCGGUGGUGCUCUUUCAAGUCAGGACUUGGCGUCUUCGCCUCUGUCUGGUGAAUUUGCCUUGAUGAAGACGACGCUGGAUUUGCCGGGGUCGCCCGCAAUUCCCGGCCGCAAGAUUCAACAACCUGCGGCGCCUCUUCUGCACGACGCGCACUCGGGGCAACACAAAACGCAAGUUGCGAGCAACAAAGUUGACCUGUACAAGCGAAUUUUUCUUGCUGCUGCUGCAGGGAACGCAAACUCAGCAGACGCCUCUGAGUUUCACCACGAGUCGACCUCUCACCAGAUCCGUCCUGCUGACUACAAGAUUGAAAAACAAAAAACCCACAGUGUGGAUUUUGCUACUUUAACGAAGCAAUUAUUCUUCAAAGAUGGAAGAUUUCACAGGCAACCGGGUCACACGUUAUUUGGGACCUCUGCUGCGACAGAAGAUGAAGGUUUCAGUUCAACCAGGCAGCUAGAGGCAUCAGAUUAUGAGCGGCCAUUCCAGGUGUCAUCGUCUGACUUUCCUGACUCAAAGGCGGCCGGUCUCUUAGCCAAAGGACGACACUCGGGCUCUGUGAGAUCACCAUCGAUGCCUCCUCUGCCUCCGCCUCCAACAUGGACCGAUGAGUAUGAUGACGGAUCUGCCACGUCAGCCCCGAGCCAGGAGGAUGACGAGAAGACGGUGGUGGCGAUGAUGGCGGAAGACAACUUACUGCGAGGUGAGUACAAGAACAAACAGAAGAACGUCAAGGAAGUGGAAGAGGAUUAUGAGGGGCUGGAGAAAGAAAGACAUGUGGAGGCCAAAAAGGAUGGGCCUAAAACAACAGAUACUCUACACACAGACACAUUAUUUCGAGAUAAUGAAGCGAAGGUGACAAUUGUACAACAAAUAGGCUACAGUGAGAAGAAAGACGAGGUGGAGGGAUCCUCAUCAGGCCAGUUGGAAAAUACAAAUCUAGAAGAUGGAGGGAAAGAAAGAGAACACGAAAAGUUAAGUAAAACGGCGAUAUUCAAAAGCGAAACUAAUCUCCUGAACGAGAAGAAAAAAGAGAACGCCCUCGACGAGAAGAGAGAACGCGCGACGCAGAACAAAGAGAUCGUCGAAGGCUCACCGCGUGGCGGCCACGUGGCGGCGCGCGUCGACGCGACAGCGGUGGUGUCACGUGACGGAGCCGCGCGCUCUUGGCGGGAAUUCGUGGCGCGCGCCGAGGGAGAGGAGAAGGAGGGAGGCGCGAGGGGUGGGGGGAUCCUCACCCUCCCCGUGCACGCGCAGGACCUGCGGGCCGACGAGUGCCGCGCCAUCCCUUUCCAGCAGCGCGUGUGGGUGUCUGGCUGCGAGCCGGCGCUGGUGGACAACGCCUUCUGCCUGGGCCACUGCGGCUCGUUCCACGUGCCCCGCGCGGGCGGCACGGCGCUGGCGGCGUCGUGCGCGUGCCUCCCGGACGCGCAGGUCGCGCGCGCCGUCUCCCUGCGCUGCGGCUCCGGCGCGCGCGCCACCGUCAGGCGCCGCGCCAUCAGCGUGGUGCGCGGAUGCGCGUGCACGGCCUAGCGGCGCCGCCGGUCCUCUGCCUCUUCCCGGACUCGUCCUCCUCCUAUUACUCUUUCUCCAUUUGCGCAACCGAGCCGCGCUGGUUUCCGUGCCGAGCCAGCUUCGGGCGGCGUGGCUCGGGGGGCACUUGGGUGGUUUUUUUGUCCCACUGCUGAAGCCGAACCGUGCCACUGACGUCGCUCGGCACGGUUAAUUACCAAUGGAAAACCGCCAGUACCGUGACAGCCUCGUGCUACCUCAGCUCGGAUGUUCCUUUGGGAAAAGGGGUAAUUUUGGGCAGCUGUGCUGGGAAAUGUGAACGUUUUCCCAGGCAUGAAAAAUACGUUGUAUUGUAACACACCACCCAAGACAAUGCAAUUACAUAUAGCUUUCCCCUCUGUCAGUAUUGUGAGAUAAUUUCGGUGUUUUGUACCUCAGAGAUGGCAACCCCAGCACCACCAUGGGCUGAUGAGGAAAUCGAAGCUCAAAACACGCAAAAAUAAAAAGCAGCUCUCAUCUGGAAGCUAGGGUCCACUUAACACAGAACCUCUUCAAGUACAUGGCAUGAAAAAGGGUCAUUUCUAAAAACGUCACCUGUUAUAUAAUGUAUUUCUUUUAAGGCCACAGUGUUCUUGACGCAUGUGUUGAGGUUUUUCUGCAGCUGAAUUCCCGUCGUCAUCACCGUGCAGCAGAGGUGGGAGGUCGACGACCACUGGAUGUGGAAGCAUGAAGAGGUUUGAUAAUGGCCUUUCAGAUUGUAUUUAGUUCAUCUCUAAGAUUAAUUUAUCAAAAUAAAUGUGAAAAUACGAGAGAGAAUGAUGCAUCUGAGGUUCAUCUUAAACCCCAUUCCCGAGGACAAAUGCGUUUUGGAAAGUCUUACAAAAUCCAUGCGUAUGCAUGAUUUUUCCGUCUUACAAUCUUGUAAUUGUGCAACUGGGCUAUUUUCCAGUUGGCUCUUAAACUGACCGUAUUGGCAUUGCAAUACCAAUCAGAGUACUUGAUGUUUUAGUGCCAGAGCAAUUAAAAGUUACUUAAUGCCAAGUAUAGAUUUUUUUUUUACAUCGGUUCAUUACGAAGAGAAUGGACAUUUUAUUAAAGUUAAUGACCAACAAAUGACGCAUUUGAUUUAAUGACUAAGUAAUUGACAUGUCAUUCGUCAGUGUUAUGCGUUGCUUAGUUGAGAGAAUAAUUGCUCGUUGUGUGUUUAAAUAUAAUGAUUUGUACUUGUAGUUUAUUGUGACAAGGCUUAAUGAAGCAUUGACUCUAAAACUGCUUUACAUUUGCCGCAUUAACGUUCAGGAAUUUUUUUACAUAUUGUUAACAUAUUGUAAAUGUUAACAUAUUAUUAGCAUACCUUAUGGUUUGUUUCUAAAACAAUGGUUUCGUGUGAUCGAUUCAUACCCUGAUUUAGCGAAACAAGUAUUUGGUGUCCUCGUGAGCCUAUACAGUUGCAAACGUUAUAGGGUGCAAGAGAGUGACUGAAGGGAGAUGAUAAUAUAUGAUAAUCGUUUACUGGAAAUCGAGGGCUUAAUUUCUCAGAGCUGGAAAGGAUUGGGUGGCACGUGAUCAGUUACCACAGCUAUCGGUAGAGGUGUACUGGAUGCGGUGUGCAGGGUGUGGAAAUAUUCGCCAACUCAGCCAGGCCUGGCUUAAAUUAAGCCCUUCGUGCAAUUGAGAAGCAAUAAUCACCUCUCAUCCAUCAAGUCACUCUUUAGCACCCUGUCACUUAUUUUUUUUAAUUAGAGCGCCACACUGGAUGUGAGCAGUUAAACCGUGAAUUGUAACGUAAACCUGAAGGCCCUUCGGUUUUACCUGUUUACCAAUCACGCCCCUUACAAUGGAUUUCGGUGCUCUUUGUGCAUAAGAGCUGUGGCCAAACCGCGACUCCCAGUCCAAGAAAUUCGCUCAACCGAGACUGCUGAGAUGCAACGUUUCGAUGUAAAGCUGUGUGAAACAGCAAAAAAAUAAGCAUCUGUUGAAGCAGCAGCUGCUGCCCGGGACCGCUCGCCCCUGGCAGCGUAGCCAGAUAAUUGAACUCCCCCGGCAGCUUCUGCGGAUUUCUAAAUUUAAACUCCCGCAGCCAAUCAGCACGAGCGAAAGAAAUCAAGUGAAAAGUCCCGCGUGCUUUGGGAGCUCAGCCACGUGGAGGGUUUGGUUUGUGGCUCGGAGGAUCACAGGAGCUUUGGCUGCCCCUGAUCUGAAACAUUUAGCUUGUCUCGGGGUAUUGUGCAAGGUCCCUCUCCACACACAGACCAGCUGACGUUAACAUUAGUAACGCUGCCAUGUAUACAGCUUAGCAUACAAUAUGGCACAGAUGUUGAAUUACUAAAAUGAUCUUACUAACCGUACAAAACGCAAUGUAUCAAUGAAGAAAUGUGUAUUGUGUAGAACUUGCUAACGUGACGAAGUGACCCUGUUUAAGGGCCGUAACAUAUCUAAAAUAAGCUCGUUAUUUAUGAAAGAUUUUCGUGACGAUCAACACUUUUUAAAUGUAUUCUAUAUACGUCUUCAUUGUGGUUGUGACGAUACAUGCCAUGAGCACACGUGUACUCCUGUACUGUGUAAUUAUGUAUGCUCAUAAUUGCAUGUGAAAUUACGGAGUUUUUGCACAAAUAAAUAUUGGUGACACCGUG